GGGUGGCAGGCGAAUCCCUGCGUGCAGAGGGUGCCGAGGCAGGGAUUGUCGGGCAAAGCGCGCGGGCUGCGGUCCAGGCCACCCUAUCCCCUCCAAAGCCAUGGCUUCCAAACUCCUGCGCGCGGUCAUCCUCGGGCCGCCCGGCUCGGGUAAGGGCACCGUAUGCGAGAGGAUCGCCCAGAACUUUGGCCUCCAGCAUCUCUCCAGCGGCCACUUCUUGCGGGAGAACCUCAAGGCCAGCACGGAAGUUGGUGACACGGCAAAGCAAUAUCUAGACAAAGGUCUUCUGGUCCCUGAUCAUGUGAUCACACGCCUCAUGGUGUCAGAACUGGAGACCCGGAGCUCACAACACUGGCUUCUAGAUGGCUUCCCAAGGACAUUAGUACAGGCAGAAGCCUUGGACAGAAUCUGUGAUGUGGACCUAGUGGUCAGUUUGAAUAUUCCCUUUGAGACACUUAAAGACCGUCUGAGCCGACGAUGGAUUCACCCUUCUAGUGGGAGGGUCUAUAACCUGGACUUCAACCCCCCUCAAGUGCUGGGGAUUGAUGACAUCACUGGCGAGCCACUUGUCCAACAGGAAGAUGACAAACCUGAAGCAGUUGCUGCCAAGCUACGACGGUACAAGGAUGCCGCAAAACCAGUCAUCGAACUGUACAAGAGCCGAGGGGUGCUCCACCAGUUGUCUGGGACGGAGACUAACAAAAUAUGGCCUUAUGUUUACACACUUUUCUCAAACAAGAUCACACCUAUUCAGUCCAGAGCCGCAUACUGAGCCUGCCAUCGGAAGAACCAAGAAGACAUGGUCGUUCACUCAAUCAUGAUGUGUGUCGUCUGGUGCCCUGGCCAAAUUAGAAGCUAGCUGAGAUAGCUUGCAGCAUCUUUUCUAGUUUAAGUGACGAGGUAAUGAGGAAAAUCUAGUGGGUAGAGAGAACUCUGCCUUUGAGAAGCUGUAGCUCUGCAGGUGGGAGAGCAAGUACAGACUGGAUUUCCACCAGCGCUGAGCCGAUACUCUCUCGAUGGGUUGACAGCCAUGUGCUGCUGUCCUAGCCUUUUUGCAUGCAAUGGUGGUAGAAGUCCUGGUUCAUGCCACCUUGCACAGGCUGUUGAACCACAGCACUAUAAGCCUGCGGACUUGAGGGGCUGUGGUUCCAGCUUGUCCCCUGCCAUGCCCUCUUGAUGACAAUUGAAUUGAUGCUAAUUGCACUCAGUGACUGUUUCUCCCUCCCAUCCUAGACAUCCUAGUUUCUGCUGACUGUGUCUUCUCGUCCGCUGGCUCCCUUCAUAUGCUACUCAGUAACACAGUAGUCUCUGCAUUUUUUCCUCUGACUUGCUCCUUCUACAAGCUGAGAACCAGGGGACUGGACUCAGUCCCUUCAUAAUGGGAACUGAGCCAGGCUCUCUGCCUGUCUUGAACCUACUCUGUACCUUUUAUUGUUUAAAAAAGAUUCCCCAAAGUCUCUGGGAGUUCUCAAAAGAAGUGUGGAACGAUCACGAUCACAUCUGCAUAGACGUAGUAAUCGUAUGGAAAUCACUGGACCAAUGAGAUGAGUUAGGCUUCUUUACUCAAGGCAAGAUGAGUAUUGAACAUGCUGCUAAACAUUAAUGCUGACAGUACCGUGUUUUCCUUUGUGAGUGAUCCAAGCAGAUGGUAAGAAGUCAGUAAAGGGAACAAGCCUGUGGGCUUGGAGCAUCUUGCACUAGAUGUACAUUGCACCUGCACAGAGUAAGACGGCUUUACCGUUAUGGGAACGUAGAAUCUUUUUUCUUCCUAUUCCAAAGAUGCAGUCUGUAGGUGGCCAUAAAGUCCAGAAAUGAAGAUGCUAAUAUUUUGUUAAUCAUCAUGUGUCAAUAAAGCAUUUGUUAAAAGACUUCCCUGGUUUCCAGACUUGUUGGCCACCUUGUAUAAUUCUUACUCUUCUCUGGAAGAAUGGUGAAAUUUCCUCCCUCUGCCUUAAAAAGGUAUCCCGCACCCAACUGUCCCCAGGGGAGCGUCCUUUAUUACUGGUGGUUUAGUGUGACUGCUCAUAGUCUGUGUGGGGGCGCGGUGUGGGGUGGACUUAGCACUUUAGUCGUAUUGAAACAUGUUAUCACAUUCUAAACGUGUCCUGUGAAUCCCCAGUCCAUUCACUGCCAUAUAUUCUGUGUGCUAAUGAGUCUGUCUUCCUUACUGUACUGCCUGGACUCUUGUGGUUCCUCUCAAUUGUCCUUCCACAUGCGUGUUCUUGGCUGCCUUAGUGGAAUUGCAGACCAGCAUCCCUCUCUCAUGCUGUCAAUACAGAGAAAUCAGGUGGUUCACUUGGUAAGCUUCAGAAGCGAAGGUGCCCGACUCAGCUCUGUGACCAUCCGGGUGUUGUCGUGUUGAUGGUGACUACUUUGGAAGCUUGCACUUGGUGUAGGGGCCAGGUCAAACAGAUACAGCCCAGGCUUCCUGGGGAACAGGUCAGGUGUGGGGGAUCACCCUGAGAUUAUUCCCACAAACUAAGGGAAGUAGAGAAUUAAAGCAACUCAGGGUAACUUGAGCGGUAUCUUCCUACUUGAGCAAGGGUGCGACCAGGUCUCUGCCUACACACUGUUUCUCCAUCUUUUUCUUUUUCGCAUUUCAAGCUAUGGUAGCUAGCACUGGGACAAAAGGGUCAGGAGUGUCUGUCUGCUGGUGAGACCAACAAGGGACAAAAGACGUCUUUGCUGAUUUUCAUGUCCAUUGGCCUAAAAAACAUCUGGUUUUCUACACUGGACUCAAUCUGUUCUUUUCAAUGAUUUUUGUGGAAAGAGCAUUAAUACAGAAAAUACCUUGACAAAGGUCCUUUCUUUCAUGCAUGCUUUCCCUUCAGAUGGAAGCCAAGAGUCUGGGUGGUUUCUGAGAGUCCAAUCUGACCUUAGUUAAUUAAUUCACAGGUUCCACCCAGCUCCUUAAGUUUGCUUUCCACAGCUCUCUUGCUUAGAACUUGGAGAACCCGGCCUGUUUGUUCCUUCAGUAUUAUGACCAAAAGGUGCUGUGAAAAGGAGGCCUUAUGCGUGGAUUGUGUGCUCUCGGGACCUCUGCUAGCAUCUUGGUGAAUCUUCCUCGCACCCCGUGAGGUAGAUACAACCAGUCAGUCUUUCCUAUAAGCAAAGAGUCCAGGUUAUAUAGUCUUGCCCAGGCUCUUGAUACAAGUAAAUAGUGCAGCAAUGACUCAGUCCCAGGUUUUCCUGUUUCGGAAACCAUGGCCUUUUUUAUUGGGUGUUAGUUGUCUUGCCCUAAGCAACCCAGGACCAUGAGCCUGCUUAGGUCUGCUUGUGGGCUCUGGAUGAGUGACUGCCUGAGGCUUUACUCUACUUUGAGGCAGGCUGGGUUUGGACACAAAUGAUUGACCUCAGUACCGGAUGUCAGGAAGCCAUGAAGCCAUAUGAAGAAAACCUGCAUUUAUUAGAAUAAAUGCAAACUGCACAAUUCUUGCCAGAAUAAGUGCCACCACCUGUACCCUGGCACUCCUUGGUGUGGCCAUUCUGUAUGUGGUUGGGCAUGAAGGAGACAGGCAAAGGUUCACGUGUGACAUUCAUAUAGACUCUGUAGUGACAGACAACUAUAGGAAGCACAGUGUCUUUCAAUAAAAGGUUCUUUAAUAAAGCCUUUGGAAGGAUCAUCACCUCUUGGAUUAGGGAAAAGGGAAGGAAACGGAAAACUUGGUCUUUGUGUAAAGUACAAGCAAUGUUAGGGCUCAAGGCUUUUCUAUUUUAUGAGAAUUUGUACUACUGAGUUUUUUGUUUUUGAGAUGAACAGAUCCCUGGGGGAGUAUGUUGAGCUAUGAUAGCAUUUCACUGUGAUCUCCCAAAGUUCAAGGCAGUCUUCUAACCCAGUGCCACUGACCUGUGAAAAAUGGUGGCCUAAGUUUCCCAGGAGCCAACAGGUCACCUUUUUUUAGUGUGACAAUUGGUAUUCUUGAUUUGGGCAUAUAUGCUUAAUUCAGAGUAUCUGAGUGUGUUCUGUAUAUGCUAUCCUAACUAUUCAUUGUAUUAAUUGAUUUUUUUGUUAUCUUGCUUGAGGAUUGAUUUGUAUUCAAUUUGAUAGAAAUAAACGUUUUUUUCCUGCUUAA